UGUGUCCUUUCUGACUGCUUUGCCCAUGCAUGUUCCAGAUGACCUUUCCAUCACACCUACCCUCUGAUGCAGCGCAUGCAUGAGACAGCCAGUGACCCUGCUAAGUAAAGCCUCUUCCAUGUGCUUCACUGGCUCUUGUGCAGGCUCGCCGCAGGAGGGAUGCAUGGUGCUGAGGAAUUUCCUCCCUGCCUUGUCUUCUCUCCCUAGCCAGGCAGGGCUGGUGUAAUUGUUGGAGCUGUCGUGCUUACGAUGCCUGUUGUUUCCAUCUCCCAUGGCACUGAUGCAUCCGUGGGGCUUAAAAGGGCUGAUGUGUGUCAGUGGCCUUCUCUCACUCAUCCUGCUCUGGUGCCUGCUGGUCAUGACAGCUGACGUCCAGAAGAGAUGGCAGCUAUCCAGUCGCUUCCCCAUCUUCCGAGGGAAGCUGCCCAGAAGGUCUCGCUUUGGGGCCAUUGAAGCUGUCCAGAGAGGGGUGGACUUUCCAUCUCUGUUCACCAGCUCUCACACAGAUCCUCAUUGUGAGCCUGGACAGCUGCUCCUGAUCCUCGUGACUUCAGCCCCAGGGAAUUCAGAGCCCAGGCAAGUGAUCAGGAGAACCUGGGCUGCCCACGAGGGACCGAGAGCACACCAAUGGCAGUCCAUGUUCUUAGUCGGCCAGUCUGCAGACAUUGGGGUAGCCCAGGGCAUCCAGAGAGAGCAGCAGGAGUUUGGGGACAUCCUGAUUGGGAAUUAUCAGGACACCUAUCGGAACCUCACCCUGAAGGUCAUGCAUGGGUUUAAGUGGGUGGCUGAGCGGUGCCGGCCCAGCUACAUUCUAAAGACGGAUGAUGACUGCUUCGUCAACACUGACCGGCUGCCGGAGUUCCUGCUGGAGCACAACACUAUUAAGACGGGCCUGUAUGCAGGAUCCCUCUUCUCCCGGGAGAAGCGGCAGGUCAUCAGAGAGCCUUCCAGCAAAUGGUACGUCUCCAGGCAAGACUACCACUUAGACGAAUACCCGCCAUACGCCAGUGGCAUCGGCUACAUCCUGUCUCUGGAUGCCGUUGAGCGAAUCCUGUGGGCAGCAGAACAUGUCCACCCCAUCCCGGUGGAAGAUGCCUACGUGGGCAUCUUGGCUGAGAGGGCUGGGAUCCAGGUGAAAUCCAGCGCGCGCUUCGCCAAGCACAACGUGAGGUGGCGGGUGUGUAACUACCGCUACCUGAUGGUGAUUCAUCACCUGAGCCCACAGGAGCAGGAGGUGGCCAAGGGGAGCAUGCUACAGGCUCGGAGUGCCUGCCAUGACAGCCUGGAGGUCACCAGGUGGAAGUGAGCCACUGUCUGCCAGGAGGGCUGGCAAGGGACCUGGCAACCUCAUGCCUGUAGCACAGUCUGAAGAGGUUAUACAACUGGUGCUCAGUUUACUCCCCUCAAGCCCCAUCCCAGGCACUGGGGUGGGAGUCGUCAUCAGGCCCUGCGAUGCGCUCUUGCCAGGCACCUCAGCUGUCUUACCCUUCCAUUGUUACGGGCUUCCAGAGAGUGAAAUGGCCCUGUCCGGAUUGCCUGGCAGGCAGCAUCUUACUCACCACAGAAACACGAGGUUGGGGCUGGGAGUCAGGAGCUCUGGAGUGGGAGUCUCAGCUCUGCUACUAACCUCAGGCCAAUAACUGACUGAUCCUGUGCCUCAGUUUUCCCACUUGUAAAGUGGGAAUAACUAUCUGACUCAGCUCCUAGAGCCUGUGGAGAUUAAUUGGCUCAUUCUGUAGGCAGGAGCGGCGCCAGGGUUUUUGGCGCCCUAGGCAGAGGUCCUUCUGCGCUCCUGGG